ACCCCCGACUGGGGAUCGAGCCCGCAACCCGGGCCUGUGCCCUGAGAGGGAAUCGAACCCUGACCUCCUGGUUCAUAGGUCGACGCUCAGCCACUGAGCCAGGCGGUCGGGGGGAGCGGGGGGGAGGGCUUAAAGCACAUUUAAUGCCCACCCCCCACAAAAAGAACAUAGUUAGGACCUAAUCUGUGAUUAAACACAGUGGUCAGAGCCCUGGCCUGGUUGGGUCAGUGGUUAGAGCCUCAGCCCGUGGACCAAAGGCUGGUGGGUCGAUUCCCAGUCAAGGACACGUCCCUGGGUUGCAGGCUCCAUCCCCAACCCGGUCGGGGGGUGCGGCAGCCCAUGGAUGUGUCCCUCACACUUUCACAUCCACGUUUCUCUCUCUGUCUCUCCCUCUCCUCCCUCCCCUCCACUCUCUCUAAAAAAAUCAAUGGGAAAAUGUCGUCGGGCGAGGAUUCAUGAGAAAUAAAUACACUUCAGGAAGCUGUUGGAGGAGCAGGCCCCGUGGCAGGGUCACUGCUGUCCCUCCACCUCCUGGGCUGGCCCGGCGCCGGGGCCACAGCUCUGAUGGGCCCGCCCUCGCCCGGGUCCCUGUGGUGGCUCCGCUGGGUGCUGUCAUGUCACCCGGGGGAGACCAGCCCCCGAGUGGCCUCAGCAGCUGGCUCCUGGGUGGCCCUGCCCUGUCCCUCUGGCCACCUGGCCGGGCCUUCCUGCAGUCACCAUGGGGUCCUCUCCCUCGUCCCCACCUUCGGCGGGGGGGCCUGCCUUCCGGGCCGGGAGUCCGUGACGCUCGCCCCAGAGCCCCCCCCCCGGGGCACCGGACCUUCGCCCUCUUCUGGGAGGGCGGACCCUGCGGGCAGCGAGUCCUUCCACGAGGGACGUGCUUCCCCGCUACCGCGCUCUGUGCCCCCAGGACCCCCAGCCGGUUCCCUGGCUGUCAGCGCCUUGGUUGUGUCUGUGGUGGUCUUUGUUGCCAUCGGCAUCCCCUUAGCCAUCGGCAUCGCCAUCCCCAUCGCCAUCGCCUGGCGGAGAAGAAGAGGGGUGCUGCUUCCCCAGUGGCUGUGCCGUUUCAGGACCGCGACGUCGGGGGAGCCAGGCAGCCAUGCGAUACUGCGACCCACCGACCCUGAGAGGGGCCCCCUGGCCCUGGGCGUGGAGAUAACGCCACUGUUGCCAGAGGAGGCUGACACCCCGAUGCCCAGUGCCCUGACCCGCCCGGGACCCUCAGCCGACCCCGACUCCGACCCCAACUCUGACCCCGACCCUGACCCUGACCCUGAUACUGACCCUGACCCUGAUACCGACCCCGACCCUGACCCCGACCCUGAUCCCGGGGCAGGAGUGGAGCUGCAGGUGGAGGUGACAGGAGGCGGCUGGGUAGCCCCAGAGCCUGCGCCCCCGACUCCUGCUGCCGCUGCCCCGGGGGCCCGGGCCCAGGACAAGACGGACGCCGGCCUCCGUUGUCCAGCAGGAACAUAAAUGAGGAUUUUGUGACGGACACGUCCCGCCCUGACGCCACAAGAGGCUGAUUGUGAACUCGGACAUGAGGUCCCGGGGCGGGACUGGAAGAAGCUUAUGACGUCAGUCGGGCUGGAAGAAAAUGGCUUCGAGAUGUGAGACCACGGAAGCCCCGGAUCCCGCGGCCCCGCGUGGUAGUGCGAUGCUGCUCGGCCGGAAGGACCCGCUGGGGAGGGAGCGAGCCAUUCCCGCUCCUGGCGGCCUCCACACCACGGACUAUCCCAGACCUAUUGGUCAGGUCGGCCCUGGCCUGUGUCCCUCAGUGGACAGAGGAUCAGCCUGCGGACUGGAAGGUCCCUGGUUAGAUUCUGGCCGAGGGCACAUGCCCGGGUUGCGGGCUCCAUCCCCAGUGGGGGUGGUGCAG